UCCAGGUUGAGUGGGUUUCUAUCUGAUCUUUACAGUUUGAGGUGAUAAAAUCCUCCCAGACCAUGAUUAUUGAAGAGGUAAGUAAAGGAGCUGAAGCAAACCAGAAAUAGGCAUCCUGCUCCAUCAUUAGAAGACAGAAGAUGACCCUCACCAUGCACGGAAAAAUGGACCAGGAAACCGAGCAUCAAACAGAAACAGUAAUGUGCACAGUGCCUGAGACUGAGAAGGACAAAAGGUGAUGCGGAAUGUACAACUGGUGAAGGCCCAACUAGGCCUCUCCUUGCCCUCCUGCAGAGCAGUAGCUCACUCCAGGACCAGGACCCUCAGCUGUCCUUCCAGGCCCCUGCGACAGCUGAAGGGUGUGCAGAGGAGGGGACUUAGGGGGUCCAGGCUGUGCUGAUCACACCCUCAUAGCUGCACUCUAGACUUAGGCUCCCGGCCCUCCCCCACCCCCAGAGGCUCUGCACUAUUUUGGGUGGUGUAGACCCCGCCCCCACUCUGACUGAGCCCUGGCUCUCCGUGAAGCUGGAGGGGUCGCCUUGAUCUUGUCGGGGCUGCACUUGGGAUCAGGGCUACAAGUCUCAACAGCAGUCAUGUCGGGCCGCACAGUGCCACACGCCCACCCAGCCACGGCCGAGUACGAAUUUGCCAACCCCAGCCGCCUGGGCGAGCAGCGCUUCGGAGAAGGCCUCCUGCCAGAAGAGAUCCUGACCCCCACCCUCUAUCACGGUUACUAUGUUCGGCCUCGGGCCGCCAGAGCUGGCGAGGGCGCCAGGGCAGGGGCCUCAGAGCUCAGGCUCAGUGAAGGCAAGUUCCAGGCGUUUCUGGAUGUGAGCCACUUUACCCCAGAUGAGGUGACCGUGAGGACUGUGGAUAACCUACUGGAGGUGUCUGCCCGACACCCCCAGCGUCUGGAUCGCCAUGGCUUCGUGUCCCGAGAGUUCUGUCGCACCUAUGUCCUGCCUGCAGAUGUGGACCCCUGGCGGGUUCGAGCUGCUCUAUCCCAUGAUGGCAUCCUUAACUUGGAGGCGCCGCGGGGUGGCCGGCAUUUGGACACGGAAGUCAAUGAAGUCUACAUCUCCCUGCUUCCUGCGCCUCCUGACCCAGAGGAAGAGGAAGAGAUAGCCAGAGUUGAGCCCUGACUGCCAGCGAUAGACCCAGCACCCAGUGAAUCCCCUGUCUACCUUGGUGAUUCCAUAAAUCCACCACACCCCAGAGGGAGCAGCAUCCCUGGGAGAUGGCAUAGGUGCAUGGUCCACAGUGUAUGGUUUGGUCCCUUGAUGUAUCAAAGCCUUUGAUUUAAUUCUGGGUGGGGCUGAAUAAACCAAAACCUGGGGGCUUGUU